GUAGACUACGCCAAGUUAGGUCGAGGAGGGGCUGACGAUGAUACAUUCGCCUUACUAUAUGGCGUGUUCGCUACCCGGGCGAAUUCGGUGAAGGCUGCGCUCUCAGUUGCUGAGCAAAGAUUCGCACAGGUUCCGGAGCUCCAAGCGAUGUUGGCUGAAUGUCAACAGGCAUAUUUCAAUACUAGGCAGCAGCUUUUGACGCCAAUCAUUCAGGCUACUCUUGCUCAUAUGUCUUCAACUACAUAUGCUGAUUCGUCAUGUGCCUUGACAAGGAACAGUUGCGCAUUCAUUUUGGGUCUAUGCGAUGAUGAGUUUCGACUUUAUCGUCAGUUCUUCUCAACGGGACAGGUGUCGGACGGUCCUCCAUCGCGUUUCAGUCGACGGCACAGCCCUACCCCUUCGGUGGCAUCAGCUCGUACGCAACAUUCCGAUACUCCACAUCCAUUUGAAGAGUUUAUAGAGGCCAUUUGCCGAUUGCUGUAUGAUAUGUUGCGCCCAAUUGUGAUUCACAAUCCUCAUUUGGAGACAUUGGCCGAGUUGUGCUCUAUUCUUAAAGUUGAAAUGAUUGAAGAAAGGUGUUCCGUACUUCCACUGAUUGUCGCUGAAGAAUGCAUCUCGUUUGAUCCACGAGCGGGUUUUGUGCAUGUCAUUGGUGAACUUGUUGGGGAUGUCGAGGAAAGGAUUAUUCACAGGGCUGCUUUGUAUGGUCAGACUGAUAUUGCUGGCUACAAGCCAGCUGCAGGGGAUUUGGCCUAUCCAGAGAAGUUAGAAAUGAUGAAAAGUAUUGAGUUAGCCAAUAAGAAGGAAGAAGAUGAAAAGGCUGAGAAGGAAGAGGCGGAUGGUGGCGGCAACGUGCGCAAGGACUCGUCAUCAGCGCGACCAAGUCCUGCACCAAUAUCCGCCGUGGAUCUUCACUGCCUUUGGUAUCCAACUGUACGGCGAACCGUGAUGUGCCUUGCAAAAUUGUACAGAUGUCUCGAUGUAGCCGUUUUUCAAUCGCUUGCUCGUGAUCUAUUGUCCAUGUGCACUGAGUCGCUAGAAGCAGCUGCUCUACACAUUGCUGCAUCACCAUCGAAAAAGGACUCGUCAUCAGCGCGACCAAGUCCUGCACCAAUAUCCGCCGUGGAUCUUCACUGCCUUUGGUAUCCAACUGUACGGCGAACCGUGAUGUGCCUUGCAAAAUUGUACAGAUGUCUCGAUGUAGCCGUUUUUCAAUCGCUUGCUCGUGAUCUAUUGUCCAUGUGCACUGAGUCGCUAGAAGCAGCUGCUCUACACAUUGCUGCAUCACCAUCGAAAAAGACUGGUCAUACGAAGAAGUUGGACGGCGAGUUGUUCUUGGUAAAGCAUCUGCUCAUUCUCAGGGAGCAGACUGCUCCCUAUAGGCAGGCUGCGCACAGAGCUGAUGCCACAUUACCCACUCUCGAUUGCUCCAUAGAUUUUGCUCGAAUGAAAAACACAUUCUUUGAUGAUAAAAGCCGAUGGUUUGAACUGAGUUCGAACAACGCCUUCCUUGAGUUGCUUUUCUCGCCACCACCAAUUCAGAAAGUUCCUUUAAAAGGGGAUCACCCCGUGAGUUUUACUUGCGUGAACGCGCUAACAUUUCCUUAG